GUGAUCCGUACUGGUGCAGGAGGACGAGUCGUUCCCGCAGAGCAACGGGUUCGAGGAGUCUGCGCCGGGCGCGUUCGCGUCGGACCCGUUCAAGGACUCGCCGUUCUCGUCCGUGCCGCAGAACGACCCGUUCGCGCCCACCACCAACAACAACAACGCUGUUAAGGACGGCUUCGCGUCGGACCCGUUCGCGUCGGACGCGGACCCGUUCGCGGGUGAUGCGUUCGCGCCGCAGGACACCGCCGCCAACACUAAUGAUGACGGCGCGUGGGCGGACCCGUUCGCGGUGCUGCACGCGCCGGCGCGCGACGCCACGCCCACGCCCGCGCUGCCGCCCAAGCGACACAAGACGCCGCCGCCGCGACCCGCGCCGCCGCGCCCCGUGCCGCCGCACAAGACCGACCGCGCCAACAUGGACUUCACCGACGACCCCUUCAAGGACUACAGGUACGAGGACCCCUUCAACAUCGAGGACCCGUUCGCGGACGCGGCGGCCGUCCGCGCCGACCCGGCGGCCAGGCCCACCUCCGUCGCCGGCUUCGAGACCGAUGACUUCUUCGCCUCCUCCACCGUCAACGGCAGCUUCACUCUGCCCGAGAAACGCAGCGGCCGAGUGUCCGCGCCGCCGGUCGCCUACGACCCCUUUUCCGGCCGAUCGGAGUUCAACACCGCCAACAACAACGAGACGUGGGCCGCCUGGCCCAACGACAACUGGGCGACAGACUCCGCGUGGACAGAACCCACAAGUCAGAAAGCGGACGCGUGGUCCGCCGCUUCCAAAAACACCAACGUCACCACCAAUGACCGUAAGACCGAAAACUGGGCGAACAAAUCCGACAACUGGGCAAACAAAUCAGAUAAUUGGGCGACCGACUGGUCCAUCGAUCAGAACAAGAACUUGAACGAGACGUGGCCGAACACGCGCCCGGCCAAAACAGAGACGUCGCCGAGGCCGGUCAAGUACGCCAAAUCGCUCGUCAACACGAUAGGUGGCAUCGGCCGGAGCAGGCAGAAGGAGAAGAAAGCCAAGGAGGCGAAGGAGGCAAAGGAGUUGCGCGCGUCGGCGGAGGCGCUGCCGUCGGAGGAGACGCAGUGGGCCUGGGCCGCCGCCGAGUCGCGCCUGCAGCGCGCCGCCGAGCAGCAGCGCCGCCGCGAGGACGCCGAGCUGCAGCUCGCGCUCGCCAUCUCACGCCAGGACAAGUGA